AUGCCUUCCACUGCAGUAGCGACACCUGCUGAUGCCACUACCAUCAACCACAGAACUAAUGCGACUGAUAAAGACACAAAGCACAUUCCUCUACUAUCGAGAGAUUUUGAGAGCUUGACCAACAUUGAUGAUAUAAGGGAAUGCCUUCGACUACUAGACGAGGAGGAAACACGUAUCGACGUUUCGCUCGACGAUAUGCUUGCAAAAGAAACAUCGCUAGAACAAUCACUGGAUGCGCUUAAUGCACUGAGGCCACAGUUAGGAACGCUCAAGGCCAAAUCAGCGCGAGUGAUUGGCACUGUAGACAAGACAUCCAGACUUGCAGAAGUUAUCAGCGACAAAGUUAGACAACUAGAUCAGGAACAAUCGAAAGCUAGACAAGCCAUUCAAUAUGUGGAAGACGUGCAAGAAUUGAAGUUUUGUGUAGCGAGUUUACAAGAAGCAAUUCAACAAAAGGAAUACGACGAAGCUGCAGUGCUGUUACAAAGAGCAUCCAAAAUUGAUCCAGCCAUCUUGAAUGGGUCACUAGCAGAGUUCACAGUGUCGACAUCCGAGAAUCCAGAUCACCCAGCAAAGACAUUGGCAGACGCAAAGACAAAUCUAUUUGCCAUCUUUUCCAACAAAUUUGACGAUGCAGUGGCACAGAGAAAUCAAGCUGAUAUCACUCGGUAUUUCAAGCUGUUUCCUCUCAUCAACUGCCAAACGGAGGGAUUGGACAAAUAUUCGAGAUUUGUAUGUAAUAUCAUCAAAGCAAGAUGUGCAGAGGAACUCAAGACAGGACUCAUUGCGGCACCCACCUACUUUGCUGAUGCAUUGACGCGAUUAUUCGAGAAUAUCGCUGUGAUCAUUGACCAGCACCAACCUCUGGUCGAGCAGCACUAUGGAAAGGGCAAGAUGCUGCGAGUGAUACAGCGAUUACAGGAGGAGAGCGAUGUGCAAAGUGUCAUUAUCCUGGAUAGGUUUCUGAAGGCUCGCAAACUAGAGUCAAAAUUGGUCGAGAUUCAAGUUUUGCUCAUUGCCAUGAUGCGCAACAGUGCCACCUACCCAGUGAGCCGACCAGGGGCACCUUCUCCUCAAUCACCACAAGCAGAGACAGAAUCCACCAAUCCACUGGUUGAGCCUCGCCAAUUGGAUGCCAAUCUGUAUGAACUGUCAUUGAUCAGUCAACGAAGUGUACUAUUCAACAGUUUCAUGAACGAAAGAGCUAGCGAUGAAAUGGAUGUCCUGGAGUCGGAUGACAAUGAAAAGGAACUGGUCAUGAAGGGCAAAGACAGCAAGUUCUAUGGUGCCAACGGUCUGCUGCUCUCUUCUGGAUUGACCAAACGAGUAAGAGAGUUGAUGAGUUCGUACCUGGUGAUUGACGAGUACCUGCUGAAGAAGAGCAUCGACAAGGCCAUGAAACUAGAUGACUAUGAUCCCGCGACUUCGCAGACAUCCACUAGUGUGGACGACGUGUUCUUUAUUCUCAAGACAGUGAUGAAGCGUUGUAUAUCCACAUAUGAGCCUGAAGUUGUGUCAUCCACUGUGCGAACCACAACCAAGAUUUUGGAGAUUGGAUACUUGAACUUGUUCCAGCAAAAGAUGUCGACUGUGUUCACAACUUACGAUACAACAGGACGCAAUGCAGAAAGAGCAAUCGAAAUGGCCAAAAUCAGCUACAUGGUGAUUUUGAACAAUCUGGAUGUCAGUGCUGAUUAUACCCAUCGGUUAGCAAAAGAGGUGGAGCCAAACAUCGCCAGUGGCAUUUGGUUGGAUGAAGAGAACGAUGUCAAGAGAACAUUGGGGUACAUUCAGAAUUUCGAGGAAUUCGCAGAUAAAUUCAAGCAGUUACUUCAAAAUGGUAUUGAGCAACUCAUGAAUCAAAUAUUAAAGCCUAGAAUCAGACCUUUGUUUCAAGAAGCCUACAAAGAGGUGAAAUAUGUACUCGAGGAAGAAGAAUACAACGAGGCAGACAUAGAGGAGCGAUUUGUCAAGCGAUUCAGGCGAGGCUUUGAGAGCCUGAUCAGCAUUUACAGACGCACAUUGACAGACAGCAACUUUAGUGCCUUGAUGGGACUAUUACUGGAAGCAUUGACGGCACAAUGGGAGAGAAUUGUGUUCCAAACCAGAUUCAAUCAGUAUGGCGCACUGAGAUUUGACAAGGACUUGCGUUCAGUUAUCCACUACCUGUCUACGCUUACUGAAUGGCUAUCGCGAGACAGGUUUACAAGAUUGAAUCAAAUGUCCAUUUUACUGAAUUUUGAAGAGCCUUCUGAGAUCUAUGAUUUCUGGGGACAAAAGGCUGGUCCUGUCAGCUGGAGACUUACAGUGACAGAAGUCAAGAAAAUUCUAGCUUUGCGAUUAGACUUUGAUGCAGAUGAAGUUGCUAAUUUGCUUCCAAAAAGCAGCAAUUAG